AUGUUCUACACCUUUGCAUCUACGCCCACCCUAGGUGGCUCGCCGUCGCAGCGCAAUCCCAAGCGGGUGAAAGCCUUAGCGAACUUACGUGAAGAAUAUGAAGCAAUUAUCGGAGAGGUCUGUUACAACGGCCUAGACGCAGCGGAAAUGAAGGCACGCCGCCCCGGGGACGUUGCUUUUGCGGGUGAAGACGAUGUCCAUUUCCAUAGCCUAUCAGUGGGCACAACGCUUCGGUUCGCUCUUAACGCACGUACUCCUGUCAACCUUCCGAAUCGCAUACAGAUUUUACAUGAAGACCUUCAGGUGCUUCUUGAACUAUUCGAUCUAUCACACGUGGCCAAUGUUCCAGUUGGAAAUGACUAUAUCCGUGGCGUCAGUGGAGGCCAGCGGCACCGUGUUACUCUAGCGGAAGCGUUUUGUACACGAGCAAGAACCGGACCCCUAGUCUCGGUAACCUCGGAGGACUUUGAACGGCGGUUCCGUGAGAGUCAACGCUGUGCAAAUUCACUGGUGGAAUUCUCAGACUAUGAAGGAUUCCGCCACCGACGGUUUUGCGCUACCAGCUGCCGUUUUGUCGAGAGGUCUAUGAAUGUACCGUCCGCCACUAUCGCAUCAACUUUACCGAUCGCAGCACCUGGAUUGCAGAAGCGGCCGGGACCAUCGCCCAAGCUCUAA